CUAGCUGCCACUAGCGGCUGCUAAGUACUUUGGCCGAUUUUGCAGGAAAUAAGGAAUUGCUUGCUCCCCCAGGCUGAAGCAUCCACCCCCACCAAAACCUCUCCUCAACUUCAACACCGUGGACUGCCACUGGCACGACAUCGCACCUCUCUUCGCCUCCUCUCGCCUUUCGCCGUUCACCCGCCCGCCAGUCUGGCUGACCGCUGAAUUAACCGUCAUCAUCCACUAUUUCUCACUGCUUACGCUUCCUCCAUCCACACGCGAAUCUUACCAGGUGGCAAUUUUCUUUUUUUCUGUCGCUUUCCAAACACAGACAGGGCCGCCAGAGCCCACAUCUUCGCCAUCGUUGAGCGUAACGUUGGGCUUUCAAAGACGUCUUCGUCAACAUGCCCCCCGGCGCCCGCAGUCCAGGAGUGUCCGUCAAAGCAAUCACCAAACCUCGCCGUCGCCAGAAUCACUGCUGCGACCAAUGUCGCCGUAGCAAGCGGGCUUGCGAUGCAACUGGCCGUGCCGUCGCCGAAGUUUGUUCAAAUUGUGCCAGGACGGGCAAAGUCUGCACAUUUGAGAAGCUCCGGCGCACCGUGGCCCAGAUUACCUCAAAACAGGGUGUCAAGGAGGCGACGCCUUACAAAAGCCCUGUCAAUGACCAUGCAAGUCCAGAGAAGCGGGCAGCAACAGCUCAGACGCCUGUAUUUCCUGUCGAAGUCCUGUUCGGGUCCCGCCAAUCCUCCUUUGAUCAGACGGUAUCGUGCUCAAAUGAGGAUUUUAUGGAAAUCGCGGCUUACUUCUCUGCACCCGACCGCAAAUCUGUCGGCAAGGAAGACAGGUCUGCAUCUGAAUCCAGCGAGUCGUGGGCUCCCCCAGCGCUUCCAACUCCGGCCGAAAGCGGUCUUGGGCAGCCUUUUGACACCUCCACGCUAGAUGCUGGAUCUGUCUUCAAUGCUGCAGAGCUCAAUCCAUUAGAUCUGGGCGACCAGGAUCUGGAGGACACCGACAGCAGCAUCUUUUCCGUGGCCGGUGCAAUCCAUAACGACGAUCCCAUUGACAUGCAACUGGGAGGCACAUCCGGGUUUGAACUCCCUUCUUCACGUCGAUCGUCAUCAUCAUCAUCAUCUUUUCCAGACCCGUCCUCAGAUACCAUGCUUUAUCGUCUGGCGGAGAAGACGAAUAAAUCCUUGAUACUGGAUAGCCUGACACGCAUAUACCAUGACACGAUGGAGAAUGCCCUGUCCUGCUGGCUCACGGAACGAACUUGCCCAUAUACUUAUGAAGGGAUUGUGGACCACCAGAUCUCGAACAACUGCAACACGGCUGUGGAAGGCUCUACGACAUUCAAAACGCCUGUGGUGUCGCGGAUCUGUCAACUGGAUCGGCCAAAUUCUAUACUCCGCGAACGACCUUUAACACCUCGUGAGAACCAAGCAGCAUCUCGUGCUCUCAAAGCUGCCAUCAUGGCGUUUGCUGCGCAGUGGGCGCCAAGCACAUGUGAUCGAAUGGCAGCCAUGACAAGUGGUACCGGUACUGAAGCAACAACCAGCGGCAGUGUUGGUCAGCGCUCACCCACUUUCAAUCGCUCACUCCAAGAACGCCUGUGGAAUGAGGCACGUCACAUUUUGCAGGAGACAGCGGGGCUUGACUCCUUUCGAGUUGUGUUCGCACAGCUUGUGUUCUCAUUCACCCAGAAGCCACUUCCGCGGGAGGAUCACGAAAGGAUCACAAGACUGCGUGCUAAGCGAGGAAACAGUAUCCACGCGAGUCCUGAUGUAGGCGGGACACAGUAUAUGCAGGGUGAUAUGUCCGCCAGAGGUUCUGCAGUUUUGGCGGCGAAUUAUGGGGUUGACAGCGAAGUGGGCGAGCUUGAAGAACUCAAAGAACUUUUGAAGCUCCAGGGCCCUCCAAUUUAUCUUGAAACUGCAUUGAUGCGGCUAUCCGAUAAAAGAGCGCGUCUGGAACAGCUCGGUGGCGGGUCUCGACUAGGAGCUGCUCAUCCUGUGUCUGUUUCGGACCGCAAGACUUUCAAUCUAUUGUUUUGGAUGGUGAUGAUGUGCGAUACGCUGGUCGCUGCCCUCCAGGGGCGGUCUUUCGUUGUCUCAGAUGAAGAUUCGCUCAUUCUUGGGGCCGAAGAAUCCAGUCAUUCCCCGAGUUGCGCAUCGCUAGGCACGGCCGAGGAAGAGCAGACCGGGACGGGUUGGCCUGCCUCCACACUGAUUCAAGACGAAAAUCUGGAAACUACCCCUUGGGGCACAUUUUUCCUGCGAAGGGACGGCCUCACCAAACCUGGAAACUGCUCGCAGUGGCCAUUUUCCAACGACCACGCCAGUAACCUCCUCUCGGACGCCACUCCUAUCAAAGUCCUCCUCUAUCGCCGAGUAAAACGGUUGCGGAACCUUUUGUUUCGACGAGCUCCACCCCGAAAAGUCGAGGCAGGGAUCGUUCAAGCUCUGACAGUGUACGAACAUUGGAACAAAACUUACGGCGACUUUAUGUUUACGUGCUUGAAACACCAUGAUGAGCUUUCUCCCCGCAUACAGUCAUGGUAUACAGUCCUUUUAGGUCAUUGGCACCUGGCAGCCUUCCUUCUUUCCGACUGCCUGGAGUUGAUUGAUCGCCAUCACAAGGGAGACAAAGUCUAUGGUGCUCUGCGACAGUCCUGCAGAUUGGUCUUUGAGAUCAGGAAGACCAGUGCCUUCCAAGUUGCCGAAGUCUGUAGAGUGGGCAGACCCCGCUACAAUUCGAGCUUCCACCAGUCAAAUGAUUUCCACACCACUGUCAACGAGGGAGCCAUUUUGACAGAGCCGUGGACAGAGAUCCUGAUCCGUUGUUUUGCAAGGAGUGCGGACCACUUCCUCAAAUGGCUUUCCGACUGCCGCUCUGGGAAUCUUUCUCACUGGGUUGGGCCUGAUGAUUGCCAGACGCUUUACAAUAACUGUGCCCACUGUGUUGGGGGGCUCUUUGAUUUGGGGCGGAAGUCUGAUAUGGCAUAUCUAGCCGCCCUGUCCUUUUCCGAUCGACUCAAGGAGUUCCCGAACCCCUGGCAGGAUCCUGGGUCAACAUGGAGUUGAAUGGGAUGGUUUAAGCGAGGGACGCAGAUGGCAACUGAUGAGAGCAUGACUGUUAGGAGUUUUCUUGUAUCUUUUUCAUAUGAAGCGAUCAAAAAGCGUUACCAGGAUACUAGUAGGCCGCCUUCGAAGUAUCUGAGGGGCCAAGUACGCAGUGUACAAUGCCGAUUUAAAGUUUUGCACCAGACA